UCCAAAAAGAUAAGACGUCAAACAAACUGUGCACACUGUAUCACAUCCUCAGUGCCAGACAAGGAAGAGGAGGCACAGAAAGAACCUUGUUCAUUAAGUUUUUUUGAGGAGUGUCACUCACCAUGAAGUACAGGACGGUGGUGAUGUACAUGGAGAUCGGCUGCUUUGUGUCUUGUCUCUGCGGCUGGAUCCUGGUGUGCUCCACCCUUCCCACAGAAUACUGGACUUUCUCUGAGGUGGGCAGCAUUGUGAUGACGACCUCUAAUUAUUACUCCAACCUGUGGAGGGACUGCAUCUCCGACACUACAGGGGUGUCUGACUGCAAAGACUACCCCUCCAUGCUGGCCCUGCCUGUUUUCCUGCAUGCCUGCAGAGCGUUGGCAGUCUGUGCAGUCAUCACCGGCUUCUUUGGAGGGGUUCUCACUCUUGUGGGCAUGAAGUGCACUAAAAUAGGCGGAUCAGAGGUUGCAAACGCGAGAGUGACCUUCGCAGGUGGCAUCACUUAUCUUGUCUCAGGGUUCUGUGGUAUGAUCACAUAUUCGUGGUGGGCCAACAAAGUCAUCACAGAGUUUGUAGACCCAAAUUUCAGGGCACAGAAAUUUGAGCUUGGAGCUGCAGUUUUUAUCGGCUGGGGGGGCUCCAUCCUUUUGCUCACUGGAGGGAGUGUGCUGAGUUUUUUCUCUGGAAAAGAAGGUCUACCAUCUGGUUCCUCAAAAAGGCCACGGAGACCAGCCACUUACGCCACAGCUAGGACCCGAAGGACCUACAUGCUGCCACAAACCUCAUCCAGGGUAACGCUGGGGCCACCGCUGUUCUACCAGAGCAGGAAUAGUCGACCGAGCAGACCGCCGACAAAGACGACUCGCACCUUCAGCAGGGAUGACUUUGUCUGAGCAAAAGAGACAUUGAGACUUUUUAAAAGACCUUUCAGGUACAGAUGGUGAAGAUCAACCCUGGUCAAUACAGGACUUGGGCUGCUUCAUUUACAAGUCAGUUCAUAGUGUCAAAAUGAAUGUUUACGUACUUUGUAACAUGUAGAUUAUAAAGCAUAUGUAGAAUAAGUCUUAGGAUAAUACAAAUAUUUUCACCUAAAAUAUCAAUUUCAGGGCGGCACGGCGGUCGAGUGGUUAGCACGUAGACCUCACAGCUAGGAGACCAGGGUUUAAUUCCACCCUCUGCCAUCUCUGUGUGGAGUUUGCAUUUUCUCCCUGGGCAUGCGUGGGUUUUCUCCGGGUACUCCGGUUUCCUCCCACAUUCCAAAAACAUGCUAGGUUAAUUGGCGACUCCAAAUUGUCCAUAGGUAUGAAUGUGAGUGUGAAUGGUUGUUUGUCUAUAUGUGCCCUGUGAUUGGCUGGCAACCAGUCCAGGGUGUACCCCGCCUCUCGCCCUAAGACAGCUGGGAUAGGCUCCAGCAAACCUCGUGAGGAAACGCGGUAGAAAAUGAAUGAAUGAAUAUUAAUUUCAUUGUGUUUCUUGUACUGUUUACUUUAAACACACAUGGAAAGCUAAUAUAGAACAAGGACCAAAUCAUAUUAAAGACACAAAAGAGAAAAUAAGUGAGCAUGAUUAUUUCUCAGAUUUGCCUUUGGCUGGCCACAAUAAAAGGCUAGUCCAGUAUGUGCAGCAUAACUACUAUAUGGGGGAGAGGUAUGCUAUAUGUAUGUUAUGGAUGACUACAGGUGCAUUUUGAAUGCAGAGUGAUAUGAUAAGAUCCCAAGGCCCAUUGUUAUGCCAACAUCUAAGUUCUUGCAUGACCAGCAGACUCCCCGGACAUAUCACCCAUGUUUGGGAUGCUCUGGAUUGGUGUAUACAGUAUUUCCCUAAUACAGUGCAUAUUUUGGAGUGGCCAUUUAUUGUGCUCAAUCUAAGCCUCACCUGUGCAAUAAUCAGCCGUCUGAUCAUCAUCUUGAUAUGUCACACCUGUGACAUGGAUGGAUUAUGGAACAUGAAACAUUUUGUUAGAAAUAGAAACAUGAUUCCAGAACUAUUCCAGAACUGCUACAUACCUGGAAUGUCCAGAAAUAGGUGUUCAGGUCUCAGUGACGUGGCCAAAGUAAGGCCACAAGGCAAGAACACAUUGUUGAAACAUUGUGGCAAGAAAUAUCUUUUUUUUUUUAAGUUUUCAUGGAGUAAUGAAAUGUGAGUAAAUCUUGACAGGACCAGUUGGAUGGGCCCAUAGCUCUAUCAAUAUCGCCGGCAUAUUGGAUUUGUCAAGGCUACGUGGUAAAUGAAUACAAGUAAAUGUACCUCCUUUCAUUAAACAGCAUUUUAUGAGUAUUCAUUGAUAGUGCAGCCUUGACACAUCCCAUAGGGCAGCAAUGUUGACCUAUCGCAGCAGUGGACAAACUAACUUGAUGCAGUGUCUAUGUAUUGUAUGUCUAUGGAGUGGCGGUUGCUUUGUGUGAAUACAUAAUGAGGUUAUGUUAUCACGAUUACGGAUAAUGACCUGUAUUUGUAAAAUCCUUCCAUCCACUGAAGACUAACGAUUGAUGUGUUGCACUUUUUAGCUGUAUAAAACCUUCCUUUCUACUUACAACAACAGAAAGUGAAAGUUGAGGUUUGUAUGUUUGCAAAA